AUGAAGAGGCCCAAAAUGAACUUGGGAGAUGUGGCUAAACUUAAUACUGCAGAUAAGGAAAUGCUAGAUGCAGAGUUCAUAAAAGAAUAUGUUUUUGAAACAAUAUGUGAAUGUGACAGCAAUAAAUGCCCACGUGUGGAUGGUUAUAACUUUAAACUCUUAAAAAAUUAUUGGAAAAUUGUAGGUUUUGAUGUAACUAAUAUUGUUCUUGAAUUCUUUGAUACUGCAUCUAUGUCAAGGCAGGUUGUGAAGGAAAUCAUUGCCAUCCAAAGGCAAUUCCUUUGGUUCGGAUCCUUGGGUAAACGUGGUAUUGCAUGGGUUAGCUGGAAUUAUUUGUGUAAAGACAAUAAGUGUGAUGGAUUGGGAAUCAAACAUGUUGGACAAUUCAAUGUGUCAUUGUUAUCGAAGUGGCUAUGGAAAUUUCUUCAAGAGGGUAAUGAAUUGUGGAGGAACAUACUUGAGUUCAGAUAUGGAAAUUUGGCAAAACGAUUUUUGAGUGAUGAUGUUAAUGGUAAUGAUGUUUUCGAUUCCUUAUGGAUGUGUGAUCUGAUAUCAGUUUGUGAUGUAGAUAAUGGUAGUUGCUUCAAGAAUAUGUUGUCGGUUAUACUUGGAAAUGUUAAUUUAUGUUUGUUGUUCCCAAGUCUAUUUGAAUUCUCGACAACGAAGCUUUGGUCAGUGAAUGAAAUGAGGGAGCUAGAGAACCUGUUAAUCUCAGUACAACCUAAUAUUGACAUUGUUGAUAGAUGGUUAUGGCAACUUGAGAACAAUAAACAUUACCCAGUUAAGUCGUACUACGAUCAUAUUAAUGAUGCUGGAAAUUACUCAAUGUUGGAUCCACCUGUUCUUACUGCUUUGGAGAUCCUUUGGAAGACUUGCAUUCCUUUGAAAAUUAAGAUUUUUGUGUGGCGUAUAUUUCUAAACAGAUUGUCGACACGCAAGAAUCUUGUUGAUCGAGGAAUAAUAGUUAUUCGGCAUGAAAAAGUUUGUGUUUUAUGCUUUAAUGACCUAGAGGACAUUUCACGUCCUUUUUCAUUUGUCCUAAAUUAA